AUGACAAAUGUGCUCGCGUUUUCACAAGUGAAGGAUUUUCUCCGGAAAUGUAACCUCCUGGAGUAUUAUGAAAGGCUCAUUGCUGAAGGUUUUGACGACUUGCAAUCGGUAUGUGCGUGUUCCUUGGUUCUCAAAAAACGCGUAAAGUCUGUGUGUGUCUUAGUUGAUAAUGAAGGACAGGGUGAAGUUGUCAAUUUUGUUUGGUUAUUUGAAGAGUUGCUGGAUGUGACCGAAUCGGAUCUUAUCGCAAUGGAUGUGAAGAGAGGUCACCGAAGGCGAUUGCAACGUGAAAUAGCCACGGUUAAAGGGGUUCAUCCUAACUUACCAUUGUAUAUACCACCAGGUCCAGCAUUUGAGGAAGUUAGCAUAACAAAUUCAACUGCACCACCACCACCAAUACCAAUGCAAGUUCAAACAACGCCAACGUCAAUAUCAUCAACAAAUGACAAUAGCAUACUCCAAAAUAAAUACGCGAAUCUAAACACACAAACUAAUAAUCAUCAUGGGCCUCCAUUACCAUCCUUGUCAUCAAGAGAUCGUCAUCAAUAUGCAACAAAAGAAGAUGACCCCCCGGAUAAUAAUAGAGAUUUACAAGACAACGGAAAUCCUAAAAGAAAGUAUAAACGUCACCCGAAACGAGACAAAAAUGCACCAGUGAAACCGUUGUCUGCUUAUGUGAUGUUUGCUCAUCGCGUACGUGAAGAAUAUCAAGGUCAAAAUAUUUCGUUUCCGGAUAUGGCAAAGAUUGUAGGCGAGCGAUGGAAAACUAUUCCAAUUUCCGAGAAAGAGGCAAUUGAAGCUGAUGCUGCCAAGGCUAAAGAAAAGUAUCGCGCGGAACUAGAAGUAUACAAAACUACGGAUCAGUGGAAGCAAUAUCAAGAAUACCUUAAAGAUUUCAAAGCUAAAUACGAGACUUCACCUUUCCGCGGAGAUCUUAUUAAUAAACAACGAAAACGCUCUAAACUUGAACCAUUACCAGAGCCAGACAAUAUCAGUCAUUCUGGUUAUUCAAGUGCUCGAUCCACCUCACUCGGAUAUCAAAGUAGUGGCAGCAGCAAUUCGAAUGGCGAACAUAAUCUUCACAGCCAUCACGGAACACCGCCGAUGAAUGUAGGAGGAGGAGCACCACCUCGUCUUAAUACAUUUAACAGCGCGGGAUCAAAUUACGAUGCACCAUUCCAUCAUAAUAGUAAUGGAUUUGAUGAUUCCGGUGUUUCGACCGAUAAUUCUUCUGCGACUACUAGUACUAAUAAUACUCCCCCGGCUGCUUCAAUAGAAAAUGAAGAUAUGAAUAACAAUGUGAAUAAUUCAACUCAAUUGAAGCAGCAGCAACAACAGCUAACAUCUCUUCAACAGCAGUCCAUUCAACAACCAUUACAAAUGCCACAACAGCAAAAGCAACAGGAUUCAUCAACUAUUGUUCGCUAA